AUGUUUCGCGGUUGUCCCUUUGGACUCAAGCCCAUCUCAUCAACAUUUCAACGCACCAUGAACAUCAUCUUCCAUGAUCUUCCACAUGUACAGGAUUUCCAAGAUGAACAGGGACAUGAGGAUAAUGAUUUCGU